AUGGACGCGCAAGAGCCCGCAGCAGUGGUGGCGUCAAUGCGUGAGCAUAUCUCCAACGUACAGCUGCAGCGGGACGGCUGCAGCACGUUGCUUCAAAUUGGGGGUCCUGACGGCAGCGGCGCGUGCAAGCAGGCGGUGGUGGAAGCGGGCGGGCUCGCGGCUGUGGUGGCGGCGAUGGGCGGACACGCUACAGACGUGGUAGUGCAGACAUUAGGCUGCGACGUUGUGGGAGGCGUCUUGGCGACAUACAACGAAGCGCGCGAGCAGGCGGUGGUGGACGCGGGCGGGCUCGCGGCUGUGGUGGCGGCGAUGGGCAGACACGCUACAGAUGAGGAGGUGCAGCGGGCUGGUUGCUUUGCGCUGCGCAACAUGGCUGCCGGCAGGGACGCGCGCAAGCAGGCGGUGGUGGACGCGGGCGGGCCAGCGGCUGUGGUGGCGGCGAUGGGCAGACACGCUACAGAUGAGGAGGUGCAGCGGGCUGGCUGCUUUGCGCUGCGCAACAUGGCUGCCGGCUGCUACGCGCGCAAGCAGGCGGUGAUGGACGCGUGCAAGCGGGCGGUGGUGGACGCAGGCGGGGCUACGGCUGUGGUGGCGGCGAUGGGCAGACACGCUGCAGACGUGGAGCUGCAGCGGGCUGGCUGCGGCGCUCUGGAGACCAUGGGGAUGGCUUAUUUUGGCUGCGACGCGUUCCAGCAGGCGGUGGUGGACGCGGGCGGGCUUGCGGCUGUGGUAGCGGCGAUGGGCAGACACGCUGCAGACGCGAAGCUGCAGCGGGCUGGCUGCGGCGCGCUGCAGAACAUGGCUGCCGGCAGGGACGCGCGCAGGCAGGCGGUGGUUGACGCGGGCGGGGCCACGGCUGUGGUGGCGGCGAUGGGCGGACACGCUGCGGAUAUGGAGCUGCAGCGGGCUGGCUGCGACGCGCUGUACAACAUGGCCGAGGACAGCGACGCGGGCAAGCAGGCCGUCCUUGGCGCGGGUGGCCUUGCCGCCCUCGCUGAGCGGGCGCGCCGGCGCGCCGAGCAGCGGGCGCUGCAGAUGCAGGAGCAGCGGGAGGAGGCGGAGCGGCGUGCGCAGGCCUCCCAGCAAGGCCAGCAGGGACUUCAGCAACAGCUGACUGCUGCCCAGCAGACAAAUGCGCGGCUUCAGGCAGAGAUUGCGCAGCUGAGGGCCGCGUCCCAGUCUGCGCAGGCGUCCGCCAUCGACAGGCUUGUUGACAGCAGCUCGCCUGGCGGCGGCUUGCUGUCCGUGGCUGCUGGACCACUCACCCACUUCAACAGCCAGUACCAGGGUGCGCGCCGGCGCUGCUACUCCAGCCUCGACAUCUGGCGUGCGGCGGGGCCGGCUUCGCCGUUUGGUACAGAGGUGUCGAUGCUCCGCCGGCUGUGGGCGGAGGGUGGGCGGGGGCGCCAGGCGGGCCCGAACCAGGACAUGCUCCCGAUGGGCUUCACGCUGACGCGCAUCGAGGCGAUCGACGUGCCGGCUAGCGACCGCCAGGCCUUUUACAACCUCGUCGAGCAGAUGGAUUCGCGACGCUCGUCGGGCACCAAUCCCGGCCCCUUCAACCCGAUCUACCCCGGUGGCGACCGCACCGGCGAGAAGGCGGCGGUGUUUGCGCAGCUCCGUGCGCGCUUCCUGCCUCGCGACCGGCUGCAGAACCAAAACAUCAUGCUUGCGCUGCACGGCUGCUCGCACGCCGUAGCGGACAACGUGUGCAAGAAUGGCUUCGCCGUCGUGCCUUACCGCGACGAGCCAUGGUUUGGCCGCGGACUUUACUUGACCACCUACGCCGAGUGCGCUUGCCGCUACGCCACGGGCGAGUUCAAGGAGCAGCCAAACCCGCCAAACUCCGCCGGCGAGCACGUUCUCAUCGCUGCUUUCGUCGCGCCCGGGAUGGUCUACCCGGUGAGCCGCAAGCCUGACUACGCGCGACCAAGCAAUUUGACGAGCAGCAGCAAGCUCAAAGACCGAGCGCUGCAGCCGCAGUUCAACUCGCACUAUGCAUUCGUUUCGGCGGCAAACAACUACGAGUGCAUGGACGGAGCGCGCAACGGGGCCGUCAUGGACUAUGACGAGCUUGUGUGCGGAAACGAGGUACAAGCUUUGCCCGCAUACCGCCUCUACUUUCGCGCGCCCUAG